GCGAAUUUUGAACAGCAUACAGGAAGAAAACAUAAGAUGAGUCUUAGCGGAGAAGAAGUGAAGUGCGACCUGAAUUGUUCUUGUUUUUCUUAAAAAUGGACCGGUUUUCGUGGUCAAAUGGGCUCCUAGAAAUAAACGAAACUUUAGUGAUCCAGCAGCGAGGUGUCAGACUGUAUGACGGUGAUGAUAAGGCUAAGAUGGAUCUCGGAAUUACCUUGCUGAGCACCCAUCGUUUAAUCUGGAGGGAUAUCAAAAAUCAUGAAUGCUGCAUCGCCAUGCCCCUGUCACAGAUCAUCUUCUUUGAGGAGCAGGCUGCAGGAAUAGGAAAGAGUGCAAAAAUAGUUAUCCACCUGCAUCCAGUACCUGCCAACAAGGAGCCAGGUCCAUACCAAUACAGCAAGUACUCUUACAUCAAGCUAUCCUUUAAGGAACAUGGGCAGAUUGAGUUUUACAGGAGGCUCACUGAAGAGAUGACCAAGAAAAGGUGGGAGAAUACACCAGUUUCACAGCCCAUUCCCACAGGAACUGGAUCUCAGGCAGGAAAGACACGUGCAGUGGGGAUUGUUGGCAUUGAGAGGAAGAUCGAGGAGAAGAGGAAAGAAACAGACAAAAACAUUCACUCCCCACUCUCACAGGAACGUGGAGGUAUGAUGGCUCUUACAGAGGUGUACUGUCUCGUCAACCGUGCUAGAGGGAUGGAGCUGUUAUCUCCAGAAGAUUUGGUGAAUGCGUGUAAAAUGUUUGAGUCAUUGAAGCUCCCGUUGAGGUUGCGUGUGUUUGAUAGCGGAGUGAUGGUGGUCCAGCUGCAGUCUCACAGUGAAGAGGAAAUGAUAGCCUCAGCACUGGACAAUGUGUCAGAGAAAGGCUCCUUGACUGCAGAGGAGUUUGCAAAGCUCUUGGGUCUCUCUGUUCUUCUGUCAAAAGAGCGGUUGUUGCUGGCUGAGAAGAUGGGCCACCUUUGUAGAGAUGACUCUGUUGAGGGUUUAAGAUUCUACCCAAACCUAUUUUAACCUGUUUACAAUUAAUGUGGAAUAUAGAAACGGAUGAUUUCUUUAAAAAAAAAAAAACUAAAUCAGCUGACCUCUACAGGUGCUGUACUUUUCAUGCUAUGCUGUAUGUAUCCAAUGUAUGUGUCCAUUUGGUGUUCUGAUUAUAAUAGAGCACUGUGAAUCCACCUAUAAAUAUGUUUUUAUCUAGAACUACGAGCGAUACUGGACUGUUUUCAAAAUGUUUCAAGUUUCAGGUCCACUCUCGUUGGUAGAUUGACCAUCGGGUGUGUUUGGUAAUAAAUGCUUUUUGGAAAACGGCA